AUGGGGCUGGGCUUACCGGACGGGAACGGACACGGGCACCCGCGCCAGCAGAUGGCGGAGGCGCAGAACUCGGCCGUUGCAGCGGAGUUCGUGAGGGAGCAGGACAUGAUGAUGAUGAUGCAGCAGGCCACGGCUGCGCAGGAGUACCACAACCCCGCCACCGUGCAGCACACCGGGAUGCGACACGGGCACCCGCACGCACACCAGGAGAUGCUGCAGCAAAUGGCAGAGGCGCAGAAGUUGGUCACGGCGACGGAGAUCGCCAGGAAGCAGGACAUGAUGAUGGGGCAGGCCACCGCCACGCAGAAGUACCACCGCCCGGCGAAACAGUACAAUGGGAUGGGGCACGAGCAGCCGCACCAGCAGAUCGUGCUGCAGAUGGCAGAGGUCGAGCAGUUGGCCACGAUGGCCGAGGUUGGCAUGGAGCAAGGCACGAUGAUGCGGCAAGCGGCGGCCACGCAACAGUACCAGCACCCCGCGGCGCAAUACGCGGCGAUGAGGCUCGACGUCACGCUGGGGCACGAGCAGCCGCACGCGCGCCAGCAGACGAUGUUGCAGAUGGCGCAGGCACAGCAGAUGGCCACCGCGGCGGAAGUCGCAAGGGAGCAGGACAUGAUGGUGCAGGCGCAGCAGCUGCCCGCCGCGGCGGAGGUCGCGUGGGAGCAGGACGUGAUGAUGCGGCAAGCGGCGGCCGCGCAACAGUACCACCACCCCGCAGCGCAAUACGCGGCGAUGGGGCUCGACGUCACGCUGGGGCAGCAGACGGUGCUGCAGAUGGCGCAGGCGCAGCAACUGGCCGCCGCGGCGGAGGUCGCAACGGAGCAGGACAUGAUGCAGCGAGCGGCGGCCGCGCAACAGCACCACAACCCCGCGGUGCAAUACGCGGCGAUGGGGCUCGACGUCACGCUGGGGCACGCGCGCCAGUAG